AAGUGGUUUUUUUCAUGGUAACAAUUCAGAGGCGCAAAGGGAUCUCGAACCACCAAGAACAAAUUGUGUAAUCAAAAUUUAAUAUUAAACAACUACAUACAGAAGGGUUUCAUCCGCACAACAGCACAAUGACUAGACUAUUGCUCGGCGUUUGUUUCAUCUUAAUUGCGACCACAUUGCUGCAGACGACAUUUGCUCGUCGCCGUGGAAGCAGAAAAAACGAUGAAGUUAAAGAAAGACGUUUUUCUUUCAAAUCUCGUGAACAAAAGGAGUUUCGUAAUAACAAACUUCCUGAAACAUUGGAGUACGACAUUGACAUUGAGGGAUUUCCAGUGACCGCGCUUGAACUCAUUUUGAACACUAAGAUGAAUGUACCGGAAAGUGAAAUUGGGAACGAACGAAAUGGAUUCCGUAAAGUUCAAAGCAAACGGACCAAGCAGGUCGGCAUAUACACGGAUAAGAACGGACACGGAUCUUUCGCAUGUGAAGCGAGCAAAGACAAUAACUGGCAGUUGAACUGCGAUCUCAGCGGGCUUGUUUACUUCAAUAACGAAGCCUGCUAUAUUGGAGGCGGAGUACAACAGGCCGAGUGCGGAAAUGCUACCACAGAAGGGGAACUGCUUACCUUCAACCCACCCGAUGUUGUGAGAUCAAAGCGUUCAGUUGCAACGCAACAUGUAGCAGAUUUACUGACUCGAGACCGUCGCUCCAUUCUCCCAUCUCCUGGAUUCAAGGUCGUUGAAAUUGCAUUCGCGUUGGAUACCGCCUUCAUGGACCAAUUUUACGACCGCCACCCCGGCAAUACGGCGGCGGCUCAAGCAGAAGCUGAAGUUUUCAUGGCGCUAUUGGUAAACGAGAUGAAUGUUUUCUACGCAUCCGUAAAAGAGGCGUCUGCCGGCGCCCUUGACCUUUACGUUUACCCUGCGGCCGUGGUCUACCCAAGUUUCGGGUCUGAUUUCGCCUGGUCCUCAAACCACAAAAGUGGCACAACUCUUCGUUCAGGUACAGCAUUUGACGCUGAUCUGAGAUCGUUUUUCAGCAGUGGUUUCACAUCCAGGCAACAUGAGCACGCCAUGGCUCUUACAGGGUUAGAUCUUCUUGGCGAAGAUGGAAGCAGCGGGUUGCUAGGAUACGCGUACGUGGGUACAGUAUGCGUUAACACGAAUUACAAGUACUCCAUCAACGAGUAUUCUGCAUCAAACGUGGCAUGGGUGGCGUCACAUGAACUGGGACACGCACUGGGAUCUGAUCACGACCAGACCACCGCCUGUCCGGCCGGCGUGAACGUCAUGUCCGCCUAUCUGUUCAAUCCGUCCGCCACGACCGCGGACACAUACAGCAAGUUCUCCACGUGCAGCGCAAGCCAGUUUAUCACUCAUUUGAACGGACGAACCGACUGCACCGCCAACAAUGGGUUUACGGACGAGCAAUUCAGAGCCUCGUUUUGCAGAGGCCUUCUGGGUCAGCGAGACAACAGCCUUAACUAUCAGUGUCAGCAGCGAACUGGCUAUGCCGCAAGUGCCGUCUGCAGCGGGACGAUCAGCGGCGACGCGGGAUGUUACGCCUACGGUCAAGUUGCGUGUAGAGAUGCAAGCGGUGCAUGCGGCGUGAGACUCGGAUUCGUGUGGAAUGGAACCCCGUGCGGUAGCGGAAGGAUGUGCUUUAAAGGCAGAUGCGUUGCUAACUUUGAAGUCUGCGACUCUGCUACAACUGCUGCACCUACAACUGCUGCUCCUACAACAGCUGCUUCUACAACUGCUGCACCUACAACGGCUGCACCUACUACUGCUGCACCUACAACUGCUGCACCUACAACUGCUGCACCUACAACUGCUGCACCUACAACUACUGCAUCUACAACUGCUGCACCUACAACUGCUGCAACUACAACCUCUGCACCUACAACAGCUGCACCUACAACUGCUACACAUACAACUGCUGCACCUACAACAGCUGCACCUACAACUGCUGCACCUACAACUGCUACACCUACAACUGCUAGACCUACAACUGCCGCACCUACAACUGCUAGACCUACAACUGCUGCACCUACAACUGCUGCUCCAACAACUGCUGCUCCAACAACGACUAGACCUACAACUGCUGCUCCAACAACGACUAGACCUACAACUGCUGCUCCAACAACCGCUGCCCCAUGUAGCUGCUGUCUAAGCGGGGGCAGAUAUUCGGUUACAUGCUGUAAUCGAAAUCUCAUUUAUUUUCGCCGGGUGUGCAGAUGCUGUUCAUACACAAGUCGUUUUGAAGAGCAGCCAUUUUCUCAGUUUAAAGAGGAUUCGAGCAGUUAAGGUGAUGAUGUCUAAAGCUCCGAAUAAGACAGCGACGCAUUCAUUUCGAUCAUUAGGUAUUGCGGCCAAUAAGUUUACGUUCACUGGCUGUUUGUGUAAACCAAUCAAUACAAUGCGUCUAAUUUACACUAGGAAUUUCAACAAAAUAAAAACAAUAAACAUAAACAUAUCUAACAUGUUUUAAGUUUAAACAAGUCGCAAAAUAAUUCUUACGGAAUGCAAUGAUUAAAUAUAUGUUUGCAUUGUUUUGUAUUUAACUCCAUAUCUCGUCUAAUAUGUAAUGCCAAAAUCCCGGCGCAAUUGAUCGAAUUAUGUUAGUGUACACAUGUAUUCAAUUUAGUAUCUUACUAUUAUUAUUGUCCUUAUAAAUCAAUAAACAAUUGUUUAUAAGUUUGAUUUGUUCAAAAACAUUAAACCCCGGUUUGAUUUCGAGCUAUUCUUUUUUAAGGGGAGGUUACCACUGCAAAACGUAUAGAAAUCCCGAAUCCUUUAUUUAUCUCUUAAUCCGGUCGCGAAUGUUACAUUUUGUGAUGGGGCUGCAGAAGCUGUUGAGACGAGCGCGGCAUGGUUGAGAGCGCCAGCAGCCUGGUCCAAUAUUUGUGCAGUUCCAACUAGUCGCAAACUUCGUGAACGUAUUUUUGUUAUAUUUAUUUGAAUAGAUAUUGCCAUUUUCAAUGAAUUAAUUUGUUUAUAUUAAUUUUUACUUGCUAACAUUUUGACAUGUCUAUUAAAGACUUAUUUCAGUUUCCAUACAAAUUUAGUGUUCACUGUAUGUCAAUCGGUGCUUGCAAUCAAAGUAUUAGUAAUAAAUAACGAAAAAUUUCAAAAAGAAGAAUAAGCAAUCAGUUCUUUACCACUUGUUAUGAUUUUUUGGAGAAAAAUAACACACCGUAACCGUAGCAACAGCUUGUUUUAAUAAAUGCAUCUAUGUCCUUUCAUAUUAUUGUAUACACGGAGUGUAUAUUGUAAUCUAUAGUCCGUGAUUGUAUAAUAAAUAAAUUUGCUGUUAGAUUGUUAGAUUUGCUGUUGUUUAAUGAUAGAGUUUUAUACCCGAGUUUAAAAGCAGCACACUCAAUGUGUUUGUUGGAUAAAACAUUAUGUUACUUAUGCGACAAACUACAUACUGUGGUUUACUUGUUUUUCAUACAUGUAUUGAAGGGUUUAUGAUACAUACAUUAUUGAUUUAUCGGUUGUUCCAAUCUUAAUAUCACUUAACAUGUAAGUAAAUUUUCUCAUACGUUGCUGACAUUUUUUUUUUCUUAUUGUUUUUAUUUCAAAUACAUUUUGCUAAGUGUUUUUAUCGCCAUACAUUACCACGCACUUCAGUUAACUGAAUAUACUAAUAUCAUUUACAUACUUAUGCUAGCGUCUAAGCCUAGACAGUGGAUGGUACACAGAUAAAUUGGCUUAAGAUUACCGAUAUAAAAUUGUGUAUGCUUG